AUGGCGGCGGCACAGGACAGCGGCAGGACAGCUAGUGCCACCGCGGCGACAGCAGCGUCCCGCGGGCGCCGCUUCGUCGGCGUCCGGCAGCGGCCGUCCGGGCGGUGGGUCGCGGAGAUCAAGGACUCGGCGCAGCGCGUCCGCCUGUGGCUCGGCACGUUCGACACGGCCGACGAAGCGGCGCGCGCCUACGACGAGGCGGCCCGCGCGCUGCGCGGGGAGAACACGCGCACCAACUUCGCGGACCGCGCCGGCCGGCACGGACACGGUGGCCCGGCGGGCGCGGCCAGGGCCCGGUUAAGUAAGAACCUGCAGCACGUGAUGGUGCGGGCGGCCGCCGCGGGCAGGGCCACGGCGUGCGCGGGGGUGGGCGACCAGUUCGCGCUCGCCGCCGUGUUCCGGCACCGCCAGCAGCCGGUUGCGGUGGCGGCGCAGGCGCAGGCGCAGCAGCAGGCCGAGCCCGAGGCCGUGGUGCAGCAGGUGAAGCACGCCGUGCAGCCGAGCUUCGUGGUGCCGAGGCAGACCGAGGCGCUGCCACUGCCAUCGUCGGUGCCUGGAGGUGGAGAGGUUUGGUGCGUGGACGACGUCGUCGACACCGCGGAGCUGCUGUGCGCCGAGGAGGGAUCGUUCAAGGUGUCCUCGUCUGUGAUCGUGCCGCCCUCGUUGAGCGCCUCGUCAUCGGAGUCUUUCGGCCUCGACGAUUUCUAG